AUGGGGGAGAGUGAGAGAGAGAAAGGGAGAGUGAGCUUAGAGGGAGAGAAGGUGAUCUUGGUCCCAUACAUGGAGGCUCACGUGCCCAAAUAUCACGAAUGGAUGAAGGACCCUUCUCUACUUCAAGCCACCGGCUCUGAGCCUCUAACCCUCCAACAGGAGUACCACAUGCAACUCUCCUGGUCCCGAGACCCUAACAAGGAGACCUUCAUUGUACUGGACAAGGACUUGAUUGUAGGACAAUUCUCGCACGGGGAACCCCACAAUGAAGCCAUGGUUGGUGAUGUAAAUAUAUUCAUGAAUGAUUUGGAUGAUUCUCACGUGGCAGAGGUUGAAAUAAUGAUAGCUGAACCAAAGAGCCGUCGAAAAGGGCUUGGGAAGGAGUCUGCUCUGAUGAUGAUCAGCUUUGGUAUCGAGAACUUAGGAAUUAAUAUCUUUCGGGUUAAAAUUGGAGAAUCAAAUGGAGCAUCCCUUGACAUGUUUCAAAAAUUGGGGUUUGUGCAAACUUCAUAUAGCAGCAUCUUCAAGGAGGUCACUUUGGAGUUACAAAUAACACAGGCAAAGAAAGAGGAGAUGCUAGGUUUAAUGGGAAUGGUAAUCAAACAUACAUAA